GUGACUUUAUCUUAAAAUGAAUAAAUAUUUUUUAUUUGUUUGAAUCUGGUGACAUACAAAUUAAGGACAAUGUAGCCUACGACAUGCCGCCAAGCUAUGCCAACAGACCUGGCACUAUCCUCACCUAAUAUUAGGAAAGAUUAGUAGAGGUAAUAUUCGAACUCGCCACAUGCUUUAAAAAGCUUAGCCUAGGGUUUACUAAAUUCCUAAAUGACCAUAGCCAUUUUUAUUGACGUGCCAAUUAUGACUUAAUAAUCUUAAAAACGACAUACGAUUCUAUAUUAUGGAAGUUAUUUCUAAAGAUUCUUGCCGCACUAUUAAGAUUGCCAAGUCGGUUUGAAAAUGCUGUUAGGCUAGAAGAAGCGCCGCGGUCUAUUAUAGACUUUUUUUUUUUUUUUAAAUAUAUUUUCAAAAAUAAUACUUGUAGGCACUAGACUAUAAUAGCAGCCUACUUUUGUGAGCACUUAGUUGAUUCAUAUUGCUAAGGGGCCAAAAUAACUGUUCCGAAAACUAAAUAUGAUGCUGAUAGUUUAAAUAAAAUGUAUGUCAUAUAAAAUUAUACAUUUACUAGCCUUCUUGGUGACCCUCCGUCAUUAUCUUAAACACUGAAAUCGUGUUUAUUGAUGUAGCCUAAGCUAUGUUCAGUUUCAUUCAUGGACAUUUAGUUUACGGCCGGAAAUUAGAUAUUAUAUGGUUUGGCAAAGGUAGAUUAUAGGCUGCUAAAACGGGCACCAGUUCUUGGAUUGUGACACCAGGACAGUGCGCUGACUUGGGUAAUGGACCUGUCAGUAACCCAUGUAAAUGCCCUUCACUGCCAAAAUGGAUGAUUCUAUGGUCAAACUAUAUUGCUGCUUUAGAUAUCAAAACCACAGCAAGUAUAAUUUGAAAUAAUCAUAUAUACUACUACUAAUAAUAAUUAUCAUUAUUAUCAUCAUCAUCAUAUGAUAAUACAACUAUGUGUUCUAGACUACUCUUGGAGUUGUGAGCAUUGUAAUGUGUCCUAUUUUAAAAUAAAAUGAAAAACAGACUUCCACUCUUCAAAUUCAGAGACAGGGCCUCAUCCAGCAGAGCAACCCGGUCGAGUGGAAGCCACCAAAGGCAAUGUGCUUUACCACCGAGAGUCUAAUAAGUCUUCCAGCCUUUACUUAUGGUCGCAAGUCCACUUAAUGAGACCGACGAGGAGAGCGAGAGAGAGGGAGAGUUUGGUUUCAAUAGAUCAAAGAGCGCUGCCGCUGAAUGGAGUCAUUUGCAAUUAGAAGAAUAAUUAGCAUUUCCUGGUCCUGCAUUGCUAAUCAGAGUCGGAGGUGAUAUGUUUAUGUCUUCAUGCAAUCAGACGGCCAGUUGGAGUGCCCGCGCCCCCGGGACUCAAUAGGGGCUAAUCAUCAUCACUUGGAAUUGGCAUUUAAACGGCAAAAUGAUCUCCGAUCAAAUUAACACUUGGGGGAAAGCGCACUGAGAAGAUAGGAAAAUGUUUUUUCACUCCAGCAAAUGUUGAUUUGUUCAAAAUGGUAGUGUGGGGGGGGCAGUCAACAGUAAGCUAUUUGAUGGUCAGUACAAUAUAGUCCUGAUUUUUAAUUAGAACGAUAAUUGCGCCAUGAAGUUGAACUUUAGCGCAUUUAAUAGAGUUGACUAAUCUCAUUUGAAUAUGAUCAGAUGAUCCUCUCUGGGUUAAAUUGAAUUCGAGAUAAAAGCUUCACAAUACCAAAUUUAGUGGCACUGCUCCUGAAAUGCUAUUGACCCCUUUCCCCUGUCCUUCAUUCAAAUCCAAUUUUCACCAGAACAUUUCUCUCCGGGGAAUAGUUGUUGUAGCACUUCUCCUAGGCCAAAUUCAUUGUUUUUAUCUCUAAAGAAUAGAACAGCCUUUCUCUCACAAGUGGGGCAAAACAUCUGCCUCUCCAGCCCUCCCGACUCCGUUGCCAUCAGUCCCCUGAAUUCAAACAAAGCCGUCGUUGUUUUAUGUCUUGCCUUGAAUCCAAAGUAAUUACUUAUCAUCAAUCAAAAUUAAUAAUAGUUGAUUGGGUUGGUGUGGUCAACGAUUACAGAGGGGGAAGGUCUAAAGCAGUCUCUCACACCGUUUCCAGUCAAUGUGGACUGAGAGAAAGAGGGGGCUCGACCCAUCUAUUUGGUAUCCACUGGGAAACUACCGCCUCUCAAGGCGGCCAAAAAAGUCAGAAGCUGAAUAAGGAAAUGAAGCGUAAUUUGAGGAAGAUGGAUGAGUCCCGAGGGCAACACCCCCCUCUAUCCUCUUCUAUUGCAGAUGAUAAGCACUGUUCGUUUAUGUGUGAGUGUGUGUGAGAGAGAGGGAGAGGUGGGACAUAGAGAUUGCACGAGAGAGAGAGGGAGAGAAAGAGAGAGAGACUGUGUUUAUGUCUCAGUUUGUGACAAAUAGGGGAAGAGGGACUGAGCUGAAACAAAAAAAGCGUCAGGUCACAGUCAGCAGAGAGGAGGGGACGACGAAAAACUGCUCACCACGGUCACUGUGGAUAAUACAAUCCGCGAGAGCUGCGAGACUUCUAGCUACCGGAGGAGUGAUUUUCCUCCGUUUUUCUUCGAGAAGUUUCACUUGGAAUUUAAAUCGCGAGUGGACAGAAUUUGCCUCAGAAUGCAGCGACCGAGCGGACAAGGGACGGCGUUUUCAAUUGACUCGUUGAUUGGGACCCCGCAACCAAGGCCGGGGCACCUGCUCUACACCGGCUAUCCCAUGUUUAUGCCGUAUCGACCACUGAUGAUUCCGCAAGCCCUCUCUCAUUCGCCUUUACCGUCCGGUAUUCCUCCGUUGGCUCCUUUGGCGUCGUUCGCGGGACGACUCACGAAUACUUUCUGUGCAAGUUUGGGACAGGGAAUGCCUUCUAUGGUGGCGCUAACAACAACGCUGCCGAGUUUUUCGGAACCACCGGACAGUUUUUAUCCCCCACAGGAGAUGCCUGGACCUCGAUUAAGUACUGAUCCAACUAUUAGGAGACAGGAAAGCCCGCACUCCGAGGAUCUGCACGCCAGAGAGAAAGCCUCGGAACUUCUCAACUUCUCAGAAACUUUCCAAACUAUUACAGGUGAGACCAAACUGUACAGUUCGGACGAGGAGAAGCUGGAUCUAAAGUCAGCGGAUGCGGCAUGUAGUGAUCGAGAGGACAGCUCCGGAGACAGUGAGAACGAAAGUUUCUCGGAUGGGAACAACUGUGGGUCGUUAUCCCAAAAGAGCAAACUCAAGCCCGGCUCUCAGGACUCCUUACCACCGGGAAGUUCUGCUGGCAAAAGCAGACGGAGACGAACAGCUUUCACCAGCGAACAGUUGCUUGAACUAGAGAAGGAGUUCCACUGUAAAAAGUACCUAUCUCUCACGGAGCGCUCGCAAAUCGCACACGCACUUAAAUUGAGCGAGGUCCAGGUAAAAAUCUGGUUUCAGAAUCGCCGGGCCAAAUGGAAAAGGAUCAAAGCCGGCAACGUCAACAAUCGGUCAGGGGAGCCGGUGAGGAACCCCAAAAUUGUUGUUCCAAUUCCAGUUCAUGUCAACAGGUUUGCCGUCAGGAGCCAGCACCAACAAAUAGAGCAAGGCAGUAGGCCCUGAGUCGGCGCUUUGAUAGAACAGAGACACUGGACUGCUAAUGUUAAAUGCAUGAAGCACAAAAGCAAGGAUUCCACAAGAGUAUCUGGGACAGAUAUCGUUUUACUGUAGCAUAUGGUCUUUAUACAAAUAGAUGUUUUGAACAAGACUGUAUAUUUUCUUUUCCAAA